AUGGCCUUCAGCGGUGGGGUAAAACUUGGCGACCUAGACGACUUCAUCUCCUUGUCGCAGGAAUGUGUGAAGCCACUCAUCCAGGCAGCAGAUGGAAGCAAGACACAGCUGCAGAGUGUCAGUGAAGCAAAGGCUCUGCCUGUGGCCGAGGUGCCACAGGUGCAAAAGCCCAACCUCAUCAAGUCAAAGCAGAGCAGUAACGAUCCAAAGGCGCAGAUUGGUCAAGUGACCCUCUCUGAUUGCCUUGCCUGUUCCGGCUGCGUUACCUCUGCUGAGACGGUUUUGUUGCAAGAGCAAAGCAUUGAAGAAUUUAUGAAGCGAACAGAGGCCGCUCGAUUGACUGUGGUGUCCAUCUCACCAGAGGCACGCACGAGCUUGGCUGCCUACACCCAGGAAGAUCCUUCCCUGACGAUGCGCAAAGCAGCGGAGGGCCUGCGACGCCUGGGCGCCAACUAUGUCUUGGACUCCAGCGCUGCAGAGGCGGUGGCCCUCCUGGAAGGGAAGGCAGAGUUUGUUGAGCGCUUCAAGGCCUCAGGAGGCAGCAGCAGCAGCAGCAAAGGUCGUUUGCCUUUGCUGACAUCUCACUGCCCAGGGUGGACUUUGUAUGCUGAGAAGGUCGUCGAUCCGGUGGUGCUGCCACAGCUCUGUGCGAUCCGACCGCCGCAGCAAGUGCAAGGUCGUUUGGUGAAGACCUGUCUCUUGGAAGCGCACAAUCGUCGACAGCUCCAGAGAUGGUGGCGGGCGCACAACCCACUUUUCGCCGGUGAGAGCCAGGUUUGGCAGGCCCCAUUUCGGGCAAAAUCUCCGGCGUCGGCGCCGGAGCCAGUGACACCGGAUCAGGUCUACCAUGUCUUCGUGCAACCGUGCUACGACCGGAAGAUCGAAGCUGCUCGACCCAUCUUCGAAGUUCCGAAUAUGCCGGGAGUCAAAGAGGUGGACACGGUGCUCACGGCCACGGAGCUGUUAGAUUUGCUGCGGGAAGCGGGCGAAGGCUGCUGCGGCGGCUGUGGCAAAAGCGCCUGUGAGAAGACGGAACCUCAGAAGCUGCGGCCCGUGCCCUUGCAAAGUGAGGUUUAUACCGACCUUUUCCUUGGCUUGCAGGCCACCCGCGCUCUGAGCUGCAGCGUGCGCGGGAACGCCGGGUCUGGUGGUUUUCUGGAGCAUAUCUUCAAGGAAGCUGCCAGGGAGUUGUUUUCUAUUGACGUGCCAUCCUCUCCACUGACUUUGCAGACAAAGCAGAACGAGGACAUGCGCGAGGCCGGUAGUGGGUGGUUUGCAGGUUGGCCAUCUAGAAUUUCUGUCACUUGA